CUCUAUUAUCCUUUCCCAUUUUAUUUUUCGUUUUCGUUUUUUGUUCUUAUCAAUUUUAUCUUAGUGAAAAAUAUAAUGGAAGCCUCGAAAAAAACAACAAAAAUAAAACAAAAAAAUGUUAUCUUGCAUUUCCGUAUGGGCACAAUCUACUGCGAGAGAUCAAAAAUCGGAGUCGAGGACACGAGAGUAGGACGGAGUUUCGCAAUUUUAUUUAAUCGCGUUCUAACGUAUACUCUGUUGUACCAUAUUAUUUGAAAGUUUUAAUAAAUAUUUCCACACCCGUUCCUAUAUAUUAUUCUUAAUUUUUUGAAUAUUCCAUUCAUGAUGAUUCGACAAUUCAGGAACUUAAAUUGAUGUUUGCAGAUAACCUUUUCCUAUAGUGCACCCUGAAGGUAGAUUGUUGACAGGGAUUUUAAAUUUACAUGUGUUUUUGUCAUAUCAGGCAAGUAACACGCUUAUUAUCAACAAUGCCGAAUCCAUUAGUGGCGGUGUGUCAAAUGACAGCAACUUCUGACAAAAAUAAAAAUUAUGAGAUUCUGCGGGACUUGGUUAUUCAAGCGAAGCAAAGAAAUGCAUCUAUUGCAUUUUUUCCUGAAGCUUGUGAUUACUUGGCUGACAAUAAAAAAGACAUUGUGGCAUUUGCUGAGCCUUUAAAUGGACCUACAAUGGAAUUGUACAAAAAACUUGCAGCCGAUAACAAAAUCUGGUUGUCUUUGGGUGGAUUGCAUGAGAAAGCAGAGGAUUCCUCCGAAAGAAUCUCCAACACUCAUGUUCUAAUUGAUCACAAAGGUGAUCUUGUGGCUGCUUAUCGUAAGAUUCAUCUAUUCGAUAUGGAGAAUAAAGAUGUUGGUGUUAGGUUGAUGGAAUCAGAUUAUGUAAAGCCAGGAAGUGAAAUUACUUCACCAGUUCCAACACCAGCUGGUUCUUUAGGCCUCAGUAUUUGUUACGAUAUGCGUUUUGCCGAAAUGGCGAUUGCUCUACGAAACAUGGGAGCCCAGAUAUUAACAUUUCCAUCAGCAUUCACUUAUCAGACAGGAGCUGCGCAUUGGGAAGUAUUGCUACGAGCUCGAGCUAUUGAAACUCAAUGUUACGUAGUAGCUGCUGCUCAAACUGGUACUCAUAAUAAGAAACGUGUGAGCUGGGGUCACGCGAUGAUCGUGGAUCCGUGGGGUACGGUUAUCGCACAGUGUCCGGAAAAUACGGGGAUCGCGGUAGCCGAGAUUGACCUUGAUUUAUUGAAUAAAGUUCGCAAGAAUAUGCCGUGUGAGAAUCAUCGUCGUACAGAUUUAUAUCCGAUGAUCAAACCUCAAAAGUAAUCAACGGUUUUGCCAUCGACACCUGUGAACUCAAGAUCGAUGCCAUUGAGCGCCCAAUUGUGCUCACAAAUCUCGAGCGCUUCCCAUUCCGAUUUGAACGCAGCUUUUGGAUCAGGAGGCAUGGACAUAGCAGCCCCAGAUACCUGAU